ACGAAGGGUUGGACAGAGUCGACACUCGACAGACAUAGGGCUGAUGUUCUGCUACAUCAUCGGCUGGCCUUUUCCACUUUGUGGGAGGUUUCUUCUCGUACGUGGCAAACAACAAGCCGAUGUACGUCACGUCUCUCUCGUUCUGUUUUGUGCAUUCCAUUUUCCUUCUUUCGUGUUUGCUUUCCUCGGGGCUUUUUGUUUUGUUGCCUUUCCUUCUACUAAUUGCUGAAAGCUCUGCCUUUCGUCCCGCAAAAUUUGACCUUAACCCGUCUGAAACCCUCUGUCUUCUUUCCGCCCCUUCAAUCCUGCGGCCUCCGCUCUCAGUUGUCAAAGUUAGCAGGUAGGUAUCUUCCCCACCAUAAUCUGCUGUUUUGGUCGUUUGCUUGGGUAAGUUGGGUGACCGAAUUUCUUCUUUGGGUGUUGGGAUACCAGUGCUCUCUGUUAAUUGCCCUUUCCGAUCAGGCUUGCUUUUUCUGGGUUCUAUUGACCGGAGCCUGGAGUUAUUUCUUAAUUCAUUUCUAUGGUUUGCAAAGUGGGCCGCUUUCAGGGUUUUCCCCUCUUUGUGGGUUUAUCACUGGGAAUUACUCAAUAUACGUCAUUUCUCGAAUCAGGAUGUUGAGAGCUUUCAGUGAACUGUUUGUCCAGGGCCGUGCUCUCAUUUUAACGACCUGGUAGUUGGUCCAUCUCCAAGCUAAGCUUUUGUGUGUUAUAUAUAUGUCAACCCUUGUUUUGUUUUCGUUUAGGUUCUGCAUUCUGCUCUUCCUUGGGCCUUCGCAGGAAUUGUUUUGGGUGAUCAGAUGUUGAAAGUCCCGUAUAACUUAUACGAAGAUCUCAUCUUAUUAACUGAGCAUGUUCCCGGCCGUUAUCUAACUAUACUGUAGCUUUUCUUUGUGGGUUUUGCUCCUGGCUUCAUUUUAAGAACUCUGCUCUUCUUGGGACCCCUUAUCUUACCUCUUCUUAGCUAAUGGCUAUGGAAUUGUAAGCAUUAUAUUUUUUAGGGCUUACUGCUUUCUCUUUCUUCUUGUGGGGAACUGAAUAAAUUUUUUAAAUUGUUGUCUUGCAGAACCAAGUGGAAGUGAUUAGAAUCUGACCAAGUUGUGCCGCAUAGCUAAACAGCUUAGCAUAUUUGUGGGUUAACGUGUGCCCAAGAUGGAUCUAAAAGGCAUCACCUGGGUUGGAGAUGUUUAUGAGAAGUUCGAAACUAUGUGUUUGGAAGUGGAAGAAACUAUGUAUGAGGACACAGUUAAAUAUGUGGAGAAUCAAGUGCAGACAGUUGGUGCUAGCAUGAAGAAGUUCUAUGCAGAAGUCAUGCAGGAUUUGUUACCCCCAGGUUCGGAAGAUCCUGCAAAGGGUACUACUUCUGGUAGGUCUGAAGAACUGUACACUGAUCUGGGGAUAUACUUGAAGCCGAAAGUGACCAUGAAGAACAAUUUUAUUAAGUUUCACGAUAAGGGGCAGUUGAGUGAGCCUUUGAUAAAAGUUAGUGCAAAAUGUCCAGACCUUCCGCCUGCCUUUCUUUGCCAUGUAGAUAAUCUUUUCCCUCUCUAUCAAGGAGACUCUGCCAGAAGUGUCCCAGGGAAAUAUACAAAAGUAAGUCUGUCAAAAAAGUUCGAUGUUGGAAUCAUCAAGAGCUCUAGGCCGGAGUCGAUCUAUCAAGAUGACAUGUCAGGGUUUGCUUCUCCUGUUACUAAAUCUUUGUCACGUAAGCACUCAAUUAUAAGUCACGAAGCAUCAUUUGAUCAGCUAGCUACACUUGCAAGUUCAGGUUCUGGCCAUAUUUCUGGACAUGACCCUGUUGAAAAAAGCAACACUGAGGUGGCUGAGCCAAAAGCAGCAGUGCCUGUUCUUUCAGCUGGUUAUAUGUUCUCUGAUAGAGCCAAUGCCCUAGAGUCGGGGAAUUGUGAGCGUUUGGAUGCAAGACUUCCUUCUUCCGAUAACCCUUUAGCAGAAUCAAAUGGCAUCUAUGUGUCUGAGGGUGAGUCCUCUACAAAUACAACCGCACUAUCCAGGAAGUUUGCUUAUACCGAGGACUACACUUCUAAUUCAGGAAGGCCCAGCGACUGGGAUAUAAACAUGAUUGUUGACGAUGGUUCCACUUAUCAGGACCCGGGAAAUUAUGGACAAACUGACCAGUCAAAUCUCGAGCAGAGUUCUAUUGAUCAAGAAAUGGAAAGUGAUCAACAGGUUGACCUGGCCUUGCUCGAGGAAACGUGCAUUGUUGUCAGUGAAGAUGAAUUUGAUUUUGUAUCUCACCCUAAAGGAAAAGGUUAUCCUUACAAGAAGAGAUUGAAGCAUGUUUUAAGGUCAUUGAGGAAGCAGCAACAAGAAAAACUUGCAGAAUUAAAGUCUGUUGCGAGAGGUUCAGCAUCAGGUGCUACGAGUGUGGGAGCUGCCAAAUCCCAGGCCCUCGAAGCUGAAUGGGAGCUAAUAUAGGUAACGAGAUGCCAAUUUAUUAUUUACAUAUGUAUAUACAACAUAAUUUUCACCAGCUUAUACUGCCUCCAUUAGUGUGUAUAUAAAAGGUUUAGUAGAGAAAUAGUUUCAUUAGCUAUGCUGGGGAAUUGGGUACUGCAUAAUGUAACUUCUCCAGAUGCUGUAAAUUCGUGUAACCACUCAAUCGUUAAUUGUAAAAGUAGCAAAUGUAUUAUUAGAUGGCUCAUCGCUGCUGCUAUUUCUAUUUGUUUAUCAUGCUCGCAAGACGCAAAUAAUUCUUCCUGUCAGUGGCGGAUAGGGAUGGCAAUCAAACCCAUGGCCGCGGGUACCCGACCGCCCCCGAUCCAGUCAACACGGGGAAUCCCCGCUUUGACCGGGUAUGGGGCGGGUAUGGGUAAAACCCGCAAAAAGUUUGAUGGGUAUGGGGCGGGUAUGGUUUUAGCCUCCCCCGCCCCAUACCCAUACCCGCCCCACCAAGAGAAUUUCUUCACAUAUCAAAAAAUAUGUGGAUUAAAUUGUAAUCUAUCAAUGAUGAUGAUGAUAACUCGAGAAAAUAAAUAGUAGAAAUGCAAUUGAGUAACCACCUUAAACAAAACCUAAUUGAUUUCCCUCAAUUCUCCUUCCACUCUUUCACUUUCCCCCUUGUCAACAAGAUUAUGUUAGUUAAUUAUUACUUAGUAAAUGUAUCAAGAGUUAGAGCAUAAUAAUUUAAAAAUAUUAUAGUCUAUAUUAUUAUGUAUUAAUGGAUGUUUUAGGAUCAUAUUCUUUGAAUCGUAUUUAGAAAAUGACCGUGUUUUGUUGACUUCAUGAUAUAUAGGUUUAUUUAUGGUUAUAAUUAAAACUUUUCUUGUAAGUUUUAGGUAUAAUAAUGUUGGAUGUACGGGGAUGGGUAUUACCCAUGGGUACCCGAAACCCAUGGGUAUGGGGAUGGGUUUCCAAAACAUUCCCCCGCAUGGGUAUGGGGCGGGUAUGGGUUUGGGUGUUUGAAGAUGGGGAUGGGGAUGGUUUAGGCAAACCCGCCCCAAACCCGCCCCAUUGCCAUCCCUAGUGGCGGAGCAUGUUGUAUUGAGGGGGAGUAAUGCGUCUUAAUUCAUGCUCGCAAAUAAUUCCAUGUGUUCAGGAGGAGUUAUGCCUCUUAAUUUUUAAAUAUAGGUAAAUUUAUCUG